UUAUUUUUUAUAAAUUUCUUAAUUUCGAUGAUAAUAUUUUGUUUUUAAUUAAAUUAAAAAAUAAUUAAUUAAAAUAUGUAUAAAUUGACUCUGAAUUAAAAAAAAAUCUUGUCUUGUAGCGGUGACAGUUGACUUGUCGGUGAGCGUUUUCUUUCAUUAUCCCCAAAUUAUCUGGUUCUCUCUCUCUCUCACACACACACACACUGGUGAAUCGUUACUUAACCCAAAACAGAAAAUAGGUGAAAACCUCUUCACCGACAUUCUGCUCAGCUACCUCUUUCUCACUCUUACCAGUUUUCAUUCAUUGCCAUUAAAUUGUACGAUUUGUCGGCUCCCCAUGGGCACUCACUACAACGCUAUUCUCAGACCUAGUGGUUCUCUCUAAAACUCAUCAACAAAACAGUCUCUGAUGAAUCUCUGUUUGUAUUACUCUGCGCAUAGGGUCUUCCCAGUUUGGUAUAACAAACCAUGGCGUUGAAAGCUGUAUCAAUCUGUAUUUGUGCCAACCAAUCUAUUUCUCAUUUGGGUGUCACGGAUUUGGGGUGUAGGCGUUCUGGGUCAGUCUUGAAUUUGAGGUUUGAGAGAAAAUGGGAGUGUUGUGGUGCGUCGGCUCAGAGGAAACCACAGGCACCUGUAUUGGGUUUGCAAGAUGGGAGUGAACUGACUCAUAUAACUGAAACCAGGGGGUUUCACAAGGAUUUGAACUCUUUACCUAGACCCUUGACUGCAAUGGAUCUCUCUUCUUUUCCUCGCGACGGUGUGAAGGUGCGGGUUGCUUAUCAGGGGCUUUCAGGUGCAUAUAGUGAGGCUGCUGCACUUAAAGCUUACCCAAAGUGUGAGACAGUCCCUUGUGAUCAUUAUGAGGCCACAUUCAAGGCAGUUGAGUUGUGGUUAGUGGACAAAGCUGUGCUUCAUAUUGAGCAUUCUGUAGGUGGAAGCAUCCACCGUAAUUAUGACUUACUCCUUCGUCAUAGGUUGCAUAUAGUAGGGGAAGUGCAGUUGCUUGUUAAUCACUGCCUUUUGGGGUUGCCUGGCGUUAGAAAGGAGGAGCUAAAACGUGUUUUGAGCCACCCUCAGGCACUUGAGCAAUGUGAGAUUACACUAAACAAAUUAGGUGUUGUCAGAGUUAGUGCUGAUGAUACUGCCACUGCUGCUCAGAUUGUAGCCUCUGAAGGCCUGAGAGAAACUGGAGCUGUUGCAAGCGCUCGAGCUGCAAAGAUCUAUGGCCUUGACAUUCUUGCAGAAAAAAUCCAGGAUGACUCCGAUAACAUCAGUCGUUUUCUGAUACUUGCAAGGGAACCUAUAAUCCCGGGGACUGACAGACCUCAUAAGACAAGCAUUGUUUUCACUUUAGAAGAAGGCCCUGGGGUACUUUUCAAAGCCUUGGCAGUGUUUGCUCUUAGGGACAUUAAUUUGUCAAAGAUAGAGAGCCGACCACAGAGAAAUCGUCCUUUACGGGUUGUUGAUGACUCCAACCAGGGGAGUGCCAAGUACUUUGACUACCUAUUCUUCAUUGACUUUGAAGCUUCUAUGGCGGAGCCUCGUGCCCAAUAUGCUCUGGGGCAUCUGCAGGAAUUUGCAAGAUUCAUUCGUGUCCUUGGUUGCUACCCUAUGGACACAACUUUAUGAAGAUGAAUGCACUCCUUGGAGUCGGUUCUCCGAUAUGUAUUUGGCUUGUCAACUUGCAAGUAAUUCAAUGUCCCACUUUGUAGAUAAUUCUGAUCCUGUUGAAUAAGUUGUAGGAAGAAUUUUCCCUGCCUCUGGUGAGAACUUUGCAGACUAGGAUGUAUGUCACUUAAGCAAUAUGUUUUCGAUUUUUCUCUUUAAUUUUUUUUCACAUUCCUCGUGGAAGUGUCUUUGUGAUUUGUUCAAAUAAUGAAUAAAGGCCCAAUUUCGGAUGAUUUCCCCCAG